AUGGACGUUGAAAUGUCGGGCGACGGUGGCCAGAAUGACCAGUCUCCCACAAAAUCGUCACCUGGUGGCAAUCCUAACUCAGCUGCCAACGCGGCCGCCAAUGCUGCCGUGAGUUUUAGAAGUGAUCGAGGCGAAGGAGAUGAACGAUCUCAAACCGGAACAUCCAUCAGCUCUGCCACAUACCCCCAACCUCCGACGGUAUCGCACUCGAUAGAAGGCACGCCUUUGACCCUCCUGACAGAGGCACAGUCCCGCAAAGAGGAUAUCGAUACUGGCACGUACCUGAACAUGGUGAUGAAGCCCAAGUUUACCCGUGCACCCAUCACUGAAGCUGGUCGUGUUGCCUACCUGGGCGAGUCAUCCAACCUCACCCUACUCGUUCAUGAUCGACAAGGUUCUGCGGAUGUUGUGCACUAUCCUCUCCCUGAAAAUGUCCGGGGCUCUCGCGCCCGACUGACCGAGCUCGAUAACGUCGAGAUUGACAUCCUACACCAAAGGGGAGCCUUUCUGCUCCCACCCAGAUCUCUAUGCGAUGAGCUCAUUGAUUCGUACUUCAAAUGGGUACAUCCCAUUGUCCCCGUCGUCAACAGGGCUCGUUUCAUGAAGCAGUAUCGUGACCCGAAGAACCCCCCUUCGCUGUUGCUCUUGCAAGCUGUCUUACUCGCAGGCACUCGUGUCUGCAGCAACCAGCAGCUCAUGGAUGCCAACGGAUCUACUACUCCAGCCGCCUUGACGUUCUACAAGCGCGCCAAGGCUCUGUAUGAUGCCAACUACGAAGACGACCGUGUUACGAUCGUGCAGUCUGUUCUCCUAAUGGGCUGGUACUGGGAAGGUCCCGAAGACGUCACCAAGAAUGUCUUCUACUGGAGCCGCGUUGCCACUAUUGUUGCGCAAGGAUCCGGUAUGCAUCGCUCAGUUGAACAGUCUCAGCUGAGCAAAUCCGACAAGCGCCUAUGGAAGCGAAUUUGGUGGACGUUGUUCACCCGUGAUCGCUCAGUAGCAGUCGCUCUCGGCCGGCCAGUUGGUAUCAAUCUGGAUGAUUCGGAUGUUGAAAUGUUGACAGAGGACGACUUCAUCGAAGACGAGUCUGGCAACAACCCCGAAUUCGCGCCUGAUCAGAUCCACGUGCAGUUCUUUUUGCAAUACGUUAAGCUGUGUGAGAUCAUGGGCUUGGUCUUGUCACAACAGUACUCGGUCGCAUCGAAAGGUCGUCAGCGAAACGCCAUUGAUCUCACGCACAGCGACAUGGCUUUGGCAGAUUGGUUACAAAAUUGCCCCAAGAUCGUCUACUGGGAGAUGCCCCGACACCACUUUUGGUCUGCCUUGCUGCACUCCAACUAUUACACAACUCUUUGCCUUCUGCAUAGGGCACACAUGCCUCCCAACGGUGGACUGAGGUCCCUGGAUGAUUCACCCUAUCCGUCAAGAAACAUUGCCUUUCAGGCCGCAGCCAUGAUUACUUCAAUUGUCGAGAAUCUUGCUGCCCAUGACCAGCUACGAUAUUGUCCUGCCUUUAUCGUGUACAGCCUAUUCUCUGCGCUGAUCAUGCACGUCUAUCAAAUGCGGUCACCAGUCCCAUCGAUACAACAGGUAACUCAUGACCGACUACGUAGCUGCAUGCAAGCAAUGAAGGAGGUCUCCAGAGUUUGGCUGGUAGGCAAGAUGGUGUAUACACUCUUUGAGUCUAUCAUCGGCAACAAGGUACUCGAAGAGCGCUUACAAAAGGCUGCGGGUAAACGCCAUCGGAAAAUGCAGCAAAGCAUGUCUCAACUGGAUCAGCAUAGCAAGGCGCAGCAACAGCAGCAGCAACAACAGCCACAACCACCGCAACAGCAGCAAGAUCAGAGCAAGCGAAAAUUUGAUGACAUGGCCAUGGACUUUACAGCAAAUGCUCCGACGCCACAGGAAUCAUACGAACGAUCCCGUCCGCAAACGCCGAGUGCUGGCAAGAUUGACGGCGGUCCUACUGGCAACCAGGCGAAUGUAUCGCCUACACAACGACCAGCAAACGAUACGUUUAUGGGAGGUACCAGCUCGCGACCACAGACAAGACCAGCAACUCCCUUUAACCCAUCAUUCUCCGUACCAGCCACGCCCCCCGACCUAUUCUACCCGCCAUUCACGGAUGCACAACUACCGGCUGAGCCGCGAGCCGCCGCCGUCGACACGUUCGCGGUUAGCAUGACUGGCCGACCAGGCUAUGCAGCGAGGCCGUCGUCAGGGCUAGCCGCCGGGCCGGCUGCUGCUGGCGACGCCGUUCGGCCGCGGAAUCGCCGCCUCAUCAGACUCGACGACGACAAAACUACCGACAACGACGACCGGGCACGGUCGACAAACGGCGGCGGCUUGCUCUCGGCCUUUGAAGCGUCGGUUGCGCAACCGCCCCAAUCGCAGUACGGACGCGGCGGCAGCCGUCCCACCGACACCGCCGCGGGUGGUAGCACCGCCAACAUUGGUCAAUUCCUCGGCGAAUCGCUGACGCAGAGCUGGUCUUCUGUCCAGGGAUUUGCCACCUCCAUCCUGUCCGGGCCCAAGGACAGGAGGGGCGUGGCGGGCCCGCACGACUCGCGAUCACCAAACGGACGAGUACCUGCCGCCGCCACCCAAGCACGCAGACGAACCAGUAGUAUUAGAGGACCGAAGUCUUGGGGCCCAGCGGCCGCACCAAGCCUGGCAGACGUGGCUGCAGGCUCGCUUGCGGAGCGAGACGCAGCGCUGAGAGCGGCCAAGACCGCGAGCGUUUUGGAGAGCCACGAAGGUGUCAAUGGUGGCCUGGAUGCGAGUGGGCGACACAAGCGACGCAACUCAGACGAUGUUUCCACGACUGAACAACCGCCCGAUGACUACUUGGUCUACAUUCACCAUGUGCUGCCAAACGAUACGUAUGCGGGAAUCAUCUUGCGAUACCAAUGCCGAGAGGACGUCUUCCGGAAAGCCAACGGACUAUGGUCGCGCGAUAGCAUCCAAACACGGAAAUGGCUCACCUUACCGGUUGAUGCUUGUGAAAUCCGGGGCUGUCCAUGCGACCCUCCAGCUCCUGCAUGCGCGGAGCAAACAGACCUACUGGCACCGUCGCCGGCACCAUCAAAUAACUUGAAACCCGAGCACGAUGAUUAUUUCAGCUCACUAUCAGACAUCGAUGAGAGUGAUGCGCAGCAGAGUGAACGAGACAACAAGCCGUGGAGCCAUGUUCGCUGGGUCCGAAUAGAAUCCUUUCAGACACCUGUAGAGAUUGGGCGAGUCUCUCGCCAAUCAAUGGGCUACUUCCCUCCUCGUCGGAAGAAAAGUAUCUUGUCGGUAUUGUCAACACCGCGCCAAAGCUCAGACUUUUCUGUUGGCAUGCCCGGGCCCUCUGAAAACCAUCCGACACGACGGCAGAGCUCGCUGAGCAAUCAACCACAAUCAUCAUUGACACCAGUGUCAUCGCGAAGCAGAGGGGGCAGCGAGGCAGCAGAGCACAGGCCAGCUUGGAUGCGAAGGCCCGGAGGAGUCGGAACCAUGGGCCGCAACGUUCGAGCCCCGGGACCGGACAAGGACUCGCUGAAUGCCUGGGCAAACAAGCACUUUCCGGGGCUCAACAUUGACCAGCUGCCGUCCAUGUCCGUCAUGGGCUCCGAGAUUGCGCAGUUUGGAUUCCGGGGCAGCGGAAACACCCCCAUCGUUGAGGGUUCCUUUAAAAAUGGCGGUGGCCGCGGGGAUGCCGCCGCGCUCAGUGGCAACCACGGCACGGGGCUGGAUAGGGCGGCCGCGGCCGUGGAGACUUGGCUGCGCGGAGCGCUUGCGAAGCGGCCGAUGACGCCGCUCCUGCGGCCUCGGUCCAAGAAUGGCGUCGCUGGAGUCGGUAACCCGGACGGCGGCGGCGACUUGAUUGAGCUGACGGAUACGGGCAGCGACGACGGCCGGCUACUCCACCAUGAGCCCCUCAGCAGUCUUCUCGAGCCGUUGGCGAUUAGCAGCACGAGCAGCCAUAGCCACGGAACAGGAACCGCCACGAUUAGGAGCAGUACUGGCGGCGCGGGCAAAGGGAAGAAGGCGGAGUAG